ACGGCUCGGGCAGUCUGAAGGUUCCACACGCAGGAGAAACACGUGCCGUGGGCGGGUCCGCCGCACGUGGCUUUGGCGGGGACUUGGCGGGAGCAGUUGUGGCGUCUGCAGGAGACGAGGACAGCAUGGCCGUGGAGAUGGAGCCUUCGGAUGUGAUCCGCCUGAUCAUGCAGUACCUGAAGGAGAACAACCUGUACAGAACCUUGAGCACCCUGCAGGAGGAGACCACGGUGUCGCUCAACACGGUGGAGAGCAUCGACAGCUUCAUGGCGGACGUCCAGAGGGGCCACUGGGACUCCGUCCUGCUGGCCAUCGCAUCUCUCAAGCUGCCCGACAACACGCUGAUUGACCUUUACGAGCAGGUGGUCAUGGAGCUGAUCGAAAUGAGGGAGGCGGGGGCGGCACGUUCCCUUCUCAGACAGACCGACCCCAUGAUCAUGCUGAAGCAGACGCAGCCCGAGCGCUACUUGCACCUGGAACACCUGCUCACGCUCUCCUACUUUGACCCCCGGGAGGCGUACCCCAAAGGCAGCAGCAAGGACAAGCGACGCAGGGCCAUCGCCCAGACGCUGGUGAGGGAGGUGAGCGUGGUGCCGCCCUCACGCCUCCUGGGUCUCCUGGGGCAAGUCAGUUCUUUAAAACUGGAACAAUCAGCGGUUAGCCUCUCACCUGACACGACCUUUGACAUGCCUGCUGACCAGGUCAGGUACGCGCAGAAAGAGGCGUGUCCAACCCAGCUGUAUCGCCACAUCAAGUUUGGCCGACGGUCCCACGUGGAAUGUGCCCGCUUCUCCCCCGAUGGCAAAUACUUAAUCUCGGGCUCGGUGGAUGGCUUCAUUGAAGUGUGGAACUUUUACACUGGCAGCAUCAGCAAGGAGUUAAAGUACCAGGCCCAGGACAGCUUCAUGAUGAUGGACGAUGCUGUGCUGUGUCUCUGCUUCAGCCAGGACUCGGAUCUACUGGCCACUGGAGCUCACAAUGGAAAAAUCAAGGUGUGGAAGAUGCAGAGUGGCUUGUGCCUGCGCAGGUUUGAGCACGCUCACAACAAAGGAGUCACCUGCCUGACUUUCUCCACAGACAACAACAACAUCCUCAGCGCCUCUUUGGACCACACCAUCAGGAUCCACCAGCUGCGGUCGGGACUCACGCUGAAGGAGCUGCGCGGCCAUCAGUCCUUUGUCAACGACGCCUCCUUCACGCACGACGGCUGUCACAUCCUCAGUGCGUCUUCCGACGGCACCGUUAAGAUUUGGAGCAUGGAGACUUGUGAGUGCAUCCACACCUUCAAAUCUCUGGCGCAGACUUCCUGCGAGAUCCCCGUGAACAGCGUGACUCCUCUUCCCCAAAAUCCGGAGCACUUUGUGGUCUGCAACCACUCGGACGCGGUGGUGGUCAUGGACACGCAUGGUCAGACUGUCAAGACGUUGACCGCGGACAGGAAGUCGGGGGCCAAGUUUGUGUGCAGCACCGUGUCCCCCAGAGGGGAGUGGAUCUACUGCGUGGGCGAGGACUUGAUGCUCUACUGCUUCAACUACGCGUCGGGAAGGCUGGAGAAAACUCUGACGGUGCACGAGAAGGACGUCAUCGGCGUCACGCACCACCCGUACCAUGACCUCAUCGCCACCUACAGCGAGGACGGCCUCCUGAGGCUGUGGAAGCCUUGAGGGGAACUUUGGUCGACUGGAGGUGCUUUAAUGCAUCC